GGAAUUAUUGCUAAGAACAGUAACGAAAAUCGUUAUUAGAGAGUAGAUAAAAAUACGAACGAACAUUUUUUCGCCGGGAUCUUGUGUCGCUUUACUCAAAAUGAAUAACAUAAAGCAACAAAUACUGCAACCGAGUCAGCCUGAUUACCUAGGCUUUUUGUAUUCGGCGAUGGUUGCUGCUGGAGGGAUUGCUGGUUAUGCCAAAGCAGGCAGCGUUCCUUCAUUGGCCAUGGGAUUGCUGUUCGGUGGAAUUUUGGGCGCAGGUUCAUAUAUGGUUUCCCAAAACCGGAAUAACGUGCUGCUUUCGACAGUUGCAAGUGGACUUUUAGCCGGUGUAAUGGGCUCACGCUUUUAUAAGACUGGAAGUUUUAUGCCAGCUGGGAUGGUUGCAACUCUGAGUGUGCUGAUGCUGCUUCGGUAUGGGCAGUAUUACAUCCGGAAGUAACCAGAACGAACAGAAUUGGACACCGGUCUUUGAUAUUUGUUACACGUGCUAAUUUUAUAUUAGUGCACGUCCGCUCUGUACUGUUUCCUGCAAAACUGGAACACAAUUCUGUUGUAGAAUUCGGAAUUUGGUUGAGAUUUCUUACCUUAUUAGACUCCAUCUUAAUAUGAAACUAUGGAGCAUAUAUACUUGCGAAAUGCACAGAAAUGCGGAAAAGACUCACGAUUAUUUUUGUUGCACAGCUGAUCACAUCAUGAAUACGUAUGUGCCGAAGAAAGUGCGAGCCAUCAGCAUACGCGGUUGUUUGACAGAACAUUAAAUAACGAUCACGGUUG